GAUUUCACAGAGAUGACACGGGCUCUUGGAUAUCCCCGGCUCAUCUCUGUGGAGAACUUCCGCAGCCCAAACUUCCCUUUGGUGUCUGAAGUCCUCAUAUGGCUGGUCAAACGGUACGUAUACUAAAUACCAUGCCUUCAGCCAUAUCUCCAUUCAUUCCAUUUCUGCCACACGUAAUAUCCAGCCUUAUGAUCAAAGCAGAGAUUGGCAUUUGAGAGGUGAUUGCCUCUGCAGUCUCACUGCUCAAUUCUUUGCCAUUUAGCAGUUAAAUCAAUUUGUUUAUGUCCUAGCCACAUCCCUUGUGUCUAGGGAGACUGUGUGAGUCACAGCCAACAUGAAAAAGAGUCUACAUUUUAUUUGCUUCUUUUAUUACACAGCCUUUUGUGUGUGAUUAAAGUUCAAUCAACAGAGCAGGAGAUAGCGUCUAAAGUAAACACACAGUGCUGUAAAAUCUGAUUUAAAAAUUAAACUUUUUUUUUUUUCUGGAGACUGUGAGUGAGAGUCACAUGCAGGGGAGGUUUGGAAGGGUCUGCAUAUAUAGAAACAAAUGUGAUUUUAUUCCUAAAUGGCAGAGAAAUUAAACGGUGAGACAGGGGCAUAAUCUAUGCAACAAAACUGCUUCAGUUAAUAAAGUUGUUUUGGAACCAAAUAAGUAAAUCUGUGGGGUCUACAGUAGGGUGAGCUUUACUGAAUAAGGCUGGGGAGGAAAUAUCAGGUUUUUGGAGUGUCACAGAAGCUCCAGGGUAGUUAUGGUAUAAUGAUCCUAAAUCACGAUGAAUACGUUAGCGUGUAGAUUAAGGAAUGGUGAGCUGUUAUGAAGAAUGCAUCCUUCUGUCUAUGUGCAUUUUCUAAGUUGCUAAUUCACCACAACUCUCUAAGUAGCACGUCUGUAAUAGAUCUGCAAAACUUAGGCCAACAUAGCAAAAAUUGAUUAGUUUGUCUAAUUUUUUGCAAGUCCAUUUGCAUAUACUGUGUAGGAAAUUACCACAAAGCAUUAUAUAAACUUGUGUUUUAUUGUAUUCUUAUAGCCUGUUCUGUGUUUGUUACAGGUACGAGCCGCAGAAUGAUAUUCCAAUAGAUGUGGAAACAGAGCAGGACAGAGUUUUCUUCAUUAAGGCUGUAGCUCAAUUUAUGGUGAGUGUGGCCAUAAGUAGUCUGUAUAGCCCUUUGGAAGGUGCUGUAAGAUAAGACACUCACAGGGUUAUUCAAUAAAGUGAGGGCUGUUGGGAAUUCAAAGUCCAUUUCAAAUUUAAAGCCACAAUAGCUGAAUUGGAAAAAAAUUGUAUGUCAGCAAAAGUUCCACUUUGGUUACGUUGGCCACAAAGGGACAUUAUAGUCAUCAAGACCACUCCAUCUCCAUGAAGUAGUCUGUGUGCAGCUGCCAUGUCCUUUCAACCCUGCAGUGUAAAACUUUGUGGUUUUUGAGAAACUGCCUUGUUCACAUUGCUGGGUUAAGUUCACCUCUAUGACAAUGCCAAUAGAGACGCCUCAGCGGCACUGACCGAGUAAAACUUGGUUAUGUGACGCGGAAGCUCCAAUGUGAAGAAUUUAUUACAUUUCCUAUGGGGGUGUUUGAAUGUAUGUGCUACUCUGUGAGGAUUGGACAUCAGUGGAGGAGGCAACGGGAGGCGUAGAGGUAAGCAGCAUAUAGAGAGCCUCUGUUCUGGAAAGAGGUAAGUAAAUCCUUUUUAUAUUUAUAUUUUUUAUAUAUAAUCCCUUCUGUCCAAUGCUUAUUACCCACAGUAACCCAUGUCACAAUGAGUAUCUACAACACUUGGACGAGGCAUGCACAUGUUGAAGAGAAUUCUAGGACAUGUGGGGAUUUAUUCACUAAAUAGUGUCUGUGAUGGGAGAGUAACAUUUGCCACGUAUAGGCCAAACAGGAAGACUUGGCCAACUAUAAGAAUACACGGAAUCUCCAUCACUAUAUUUGGUAAAUCUGGGAUUUAUUUUCCCACAUGUAUUCUGAUGCAAUUCCUUUGUGGAUCAGGAUAGACACCUGGCUGUACACCUCUAGGCAGGAAUACACGAUCUAUGUGGAUCACUUUUAGAGCAGAGUUCACUACAGCUCUACUUUCUCUUAUUUUACAUUAUUUUAUACAGUAUUAUGUUAGUAUUCUUGUUCUAUUUUGUCUCACUUGUACAUCUUUGGCUGGGAUGAUUGAAUUCCAAUUAAAUAUUUUGUUUUGAUUUCAACUUGUUUGUUACUGUCCUUCCUGGUAUCUAUCAUCAUUUGUUGCAUACCAGUAUAAUUGUUUUUUUUUCAGAUUUUUAAUUUAUUUUAUUUUUUAUUAGGGGUGGCUGCAUAAUUCAGCUUCUUUUUAAUUUUUUAAUACUGCGGGUAAGAGAUCCUUGCUUUUGAAGUUGCUGUCUUUCCUGUUUAUUAUUAGCCAUUAAGCACUUAAGCUGUGUUUUUCAUUUUAUACUGACUAGUUAGUGAAAAUAACAUUCUGUAUACAUCACAAGUGAAUUCAAGGUUUCAGCCCAUCAGAGUCUUCGCCAGCCUUGUGAUGGUAUGUUCACUUGUUAUGUAAAGUCAGUAUAUUCUUUAUCACAAACUAUUUCGUUUCUGUGACCAUCUUUGUGUUAUUGUGAGAAGUGAUUGCUCUUUAUAACAGUUCCCAAUAUUAUACAAUCCUAUUUUUGACACAACGUUAGAAGGAAAGGGCAAGUGCUGAAGCCUUUCAUUGUAAUUAUUUUUAACAGAAAGGGUAUAAAAUAGCACAGUAAAGGAAUUUGAGAAUACUUGAAGUGUGCAUACCGCAGGUGGAAAGCAUAAAUAAGCAAAACAAUCUGAAUUUCAAAAUCUGUAAGGCUGCAGGAAUAAAAUACACAAAUAAAGUGAAUAUUUGAAGGUACUUUAUGUCUAGCUGUGUUAAGCCCCUACUGAUCAGGCUCCUGUUAAGUUAAUAACAUGAAGUUAGAGGGAUAAAUAGAACUUGAACCUGUAAACAUGCUUUUAUACUCCAUGCAUAGACAAUAUAUAUCAUUUUGUAAAACUAAUAUUUAAUUUAUUUAUUCUAUUGGUGUACAAACAUAAUUAUAUUGCAUGAGAGCACAUGUAGAACAAAGCAGCUGUUCAGUUAAAUAUAACUGGUACUUGUAAACUAGUGAUGGUGUCCGAAAGUGCCAACACUGCAAUUUAUCCCGAAAACCGAAGGUGGUUUAAAAAAACAAAAAGCUUCACAUUAUUGUCUGAACUAAUUAACUGUUUGUGUAUAAUAGGCAAUAUUUUGCAUUAAUAACCACCCAAUAAGCACUUUAGGGUUAUUAGGUCCCCCCCACCUCCCCUCAGGGCCCCCCUCCCGCUGGGCUGAAGGGGUUAAAACCCCUUCAGCUACUUACCUUUCUCCAGCGCCAGGCUUCCCUCGGCGUUGGUGACCUCUUCUCCCCCUGCUGAAGUCAGCUCCGAAUGCCCAUGCACGGCCAGAGCUGUGCGCACAUUCAAACCGCCCAUAGGAAAGCAUUACUCAAUGCUUUCCUAUGGACGUCAGUGUGUCGCAUUGAGGAUCGGAAAGCCGCCUCUACUGGCUGUCAGGGAGACAGCCACUAGAGGCUGGAUUAACCCUCAAUGUAAAUAUAGCAGUUUCUCUGACAUUGCUAUGUUUACAGCUGCAGGGUUAGAACUAAGGGGACCUGGCACCCAGACCACUUCAUUAAGUUGAAGUGGUCUUGGUGCCUUUAGUGGUCCAUAAGAGUUAUACAGCUAUAAUUUAGAGAACAAUGAGUAAUGCUACAAACUAUUUAACCUUUAUUUUAAAUCGUUUAACUUUAUUGAUCACCAAGUUGCCAGUCAGACUUAGAUGACCUGGCUGCCUCUAAUUUAAAACCAUCUACUACCAUAUCCUUCCUCAGAACUUGACCUCGAGGAUGACUUUUGCCCCAAUGCUUUAUAACACCACGGUAAAUACCUGUAAAGAAAAACACUUAAAAAGGGGGAAGGCGGGACCUCGCUGCUCCGGACUUCCACAGUUCUCUUGCUUGUGAUCUGCAUCUAAUCCCCUGCCACCUCAUGUCCUCCUAGCAACAGUCUGCCUAGCUCUGUCUUACAACAUUAACAGGGGUCAUAGACUUGACCUAACUCCUUAUAACUAUAGGACAAGGGCAGGUUAACCCAACACAUAUAUUCUACAGAGCUGAAUGCCUGACAUUUCCUCUUCUUCUCAAUAACUCAAUAAAAAGUUGUAACAAUACCAUUUUUAUUGGGGGGAAAAGCACGUCAAUCAACUCUGCUAAAAGAUUAACGUAUAAAACCAAAAAAAACUAUGGGAUAUAGUGGAUUGGCGCUAUACAAAAAGUGCAAUUGCAGCUCCCCUAGUGUCUAUAAUUACUCACAAGACCCUCAUAUAUAAAAUCACAAGUAGUAUGAAAAUACAGGGUGCGCAAUAAAAUCACCAACACAGUGAAAUAUACUUCGUACUUGAAAAAUUCUAAUGGUACACCUGAUUAAUCUGAAAACCAGAAAAGCUCACAUAGCAUAAUACUGUUUGGUCUUAUAAACAGAUUAGAAACAGAGGUGAUGGGUCACCACUUCCCAGAGCCACAUAUAGCCGGCUCUGGCUGUGUUGGCUUGUCAAUCUGCUUUUGGUGUAAAUCUCAAUCCUGUAGUAUCUACCUCCACAAAUAAAAACUUGAUGUAUAAUAAAUUUGAUUUACUUAAAAAUCAUGUGCAAAAUACAGGAAUAAAUAGCAGCAGGAUAUUGCACAACACGUUUCAACCUUACGGUCUUCUUCAAGGUGCAUAAGUCUGUUUAUAAAGGGUUCAAUCUGGUAAUUGAAUUUGAAGCCACUUUUUGGAAUAUUCCCUGUCACUUCCGGGUUCUGUCUGUGUUCUGUGUUUGGGCAUCAGUCUUUUUGUAAUUCCUGCCAAUUUUAUUAAACCACAUGGAAUGUGCAGUGCAUGGGGCAGGUACCGUAUGCUGUAGCUGUCAUAUAAAACUAUAUGCUUAUCAGAUGCUUGACAAAGACUGUGUAGGUCGAAACGUUGUGAGUGGCAGUGGGUUCAAUAAAUUUGCCAUUUUGUAUCCUGGAGUGCCUGUACCUUUUUUCUAUUUUUCUUUAUCAAGUAUUUGGUCCCUGGUACUGGGACUGGCCUGGUUGCACCCAGAUACAUGUUACUUGGGUUUGAGUGCAGUUCCACAUCUCUAUUAUGAUUAUAUCAUCAGAUGCUGUGACACUGAGCAGAUCAUUUCUUUUCCAUGAAUCCGUUGAAUUCUCCUUGAUCUUUCUGUCCUGCAGGCACUUCUUAUCAUCUCCUUUGCACAGCCGUCAGGCCACUGCCAGGCUCUGUGUGUAAUUAAACCAAGCCUGACUGUGCUGUUACUAACUGUAGCAAGAUUUUUAAUGAGACGGAGAGAUUAGCUUUUACACUUCAACGAGAGAUGAUCUUCAUAUAACACCUUUUAUGAGGACUCUGGGGAAGUCAAGGGAAUCUGAUUUUUGUAAUUUACGUAUCUGAGAAAAAAAAAAAAUUAUUUUAUUUGUUCAGUCUUUUUUCUUUUUUUCUUUUAAUAGCAUAAAAGGUUUAUAUUCUUUAUGUAGAAGAGCAUUGGAAGACUGUGUAUUGAUUUUUAAAAAUUUUUUUUUUUUUUUCACCGAAGUGCAUCUUAUUUUAACCCCUUAAGGAUGGCGGGCGUUCUAUGCCGUCCUUAAGGAAGCGGCUCUAAACACCGCAGGGCAGCAUAGAACGCCCAAACCGUCCUUUGUACUUACCCGGGAGCCAAGGGAGUCCCCCUCCUCUUUGCCCCCCCGGGCCAUGUGAUUACAACGACGAUAUUGUCAGUGAAAGUGACCUUUUUUUUUUUUUAAUUUUUCACACCCAAAUGGCACUUACACGGACAAUAUAAUUGUUGGUUUACGUUUUACCGUUUUGAAACACUAAUUUCUGUUCAGUCUUUUUUAGUUGCCACUAAGUCACAAACACUGGCCAAAAUUGACGUUCAAAUUAGUUUUUUGCAUUUUCAAGAAUUAACACUAAUUUUGGCCAGUGUUUGUGACCAAGUGGCUACUAAAGACUGGGCAUACCCCAUUUGCAAUACCUUGGGUUGUCUACUUUUGCAAAUGGUAUGUCAUCAUGGGGGUAAUUCUCAUUCCUGGGCUACCAUACGGUCUCAAAGGCAACGUAACCAAUCUGGCAAAUUUCAAUGGGAAAAAAAUGAAAAAUGUAACAUGCUAUAUUUGACCCUGUAACUUCCCAAAACACCAUAAAACCUGUACAUAGGGGGUACUGUUUUACACGUGAGACAUCGCUGAAUACAAAUAUGUGUGUUUUAUUGUAUUAAAAUCAAACAGUAUUAUGAUAUUCACAGUUAGAAUGUCACAUAGAACUAAACAUUUUUUUUUAAAUUCUUAUUUUCUCCCUUUUUUUUGUGUGGGUACACAUAAAAUGAAAGAGGUGAAUUACGCCUGAACAGACAUAUAGCGCAAAUAAAAAUGUUUGUUUACGUUUUGUUUUGAUUACAACGUGUACAUUUGGCUCAGUCCUUAAGGGGAUAAUGUUACUGUCCUAUUCAUGUGUGAUUUGACACAUCACAGUGAUUGCUGUGGGGUGUCAUGCCUGUGUGGUCCCUCCAGAUGGGGCCAUAAAAUGUGGGAAGGACUUUGUUUUCGUUAUUAUGUUUUUAAGUAAGAAUUUCUUUUUUCAUUGAACAGUAAUGUAUAAUAUGUGUUCACUGUUCAAACUAAAAUAGUCUCUUUUCUAGGCCACCAAGGCGCAUAUUAAGCUGAACACCAAAAGACUAUACCAGGCAGAUGGUUACGCUGUAAAGGAACUCCUUAAAAUCACCUCUGUGCUCUACAAUGCUAUGAAAACCAAGAGCAUUGAAAGCACCCAUCUUGGCGACGACGAAACGGUCCCUUACAAGUUUGACUUGGGUUCUAAAGUAAGUAAUCGGAUCUGAAUUCUGUAGGGGGAUCAGUGCAUUACAGAAUUGGUAAUAUCUGUGCAUUACAGAAUUUUGUGUGCGUGAAAAGCACUUGCUUCUCUUAUAAAGAGAACAGCAUAUAGUUCAAUCGCUGCCGACCAGUCAUGCCGUUGCUAUUGGUGAUACUUACUAAUUUAAAUGUUAGAACAACAAGCUGUGCUGACCUGGAGAACUGUGAGGGUAGGGGAUAAUCAGCCUGCAAUAUUAAUUUCUGGGUUACAAAUUUCCUCUUUGAGGAGAAUCUGAGCAUUAAUUUCAAGUUUUUGAAAAUGCCACAUUGACAUGCUGCUCUGCAAGCUUGUUCUUAUUGAACCAUCGCACACCGCAGCCAAUCAAAAUCACCGAAGGGAAAGAAAGAAGUCUGCAGCUACCUCUCACUGCUCCUGUUCAGAGAAACCCUGGUUUUGGAUUACAUUGAUAAAAAUGAUCUGGUUUAACAAUUUGUGGACAAGUCCAUCAGGGUUAUUCACUAAGCUGUGAAUUGUCAGCCAGGACCAGAUUAGCUGACGGAAUUAAAUAUGGGAAUUUAGGAGGGAGGUAGAGGAACAAAACUUGUGUGGACUGGCUGACCAUAAAUUAGUUAAGGUAACGCUGACUCACACACUGUGCCAAUGCUCUUGCUGCUUCAGUCUGUCUAACAGUGUGGCAUAUCCUCCUAAUUCUACAUUCACUACAUCCACCUUUUUCUCUGUGCCAGACUGCAUACCAGCUGCUAGUAAGAAGGGAAGGAGGAGGGAGGGGUGGACAAGUGGAUCCUGGGGGAUACCUGGGAGCUGUCCCCAAAAAGCGUAGAGUUAGUGCAUCAUUAGACACGUUUUUGCCAAGCUCAGGGUGCUGACUGCCUAGUCUGCUGUUAGAUGGCCAGCCUCCGUCAAUGGCAAGCAAUCUGACAUGCAUUCAUGCCAGACUGACCUUCCAAUUCUUGUUCCUGCUUCCUUAUUUCCGUGCGGUCUACCCCAUUGUGGAGUGCCAGUGACCUGAUUUGCGCCACUGGCCCACCUCCUUUUACCACACCCAUCAAUAACAGGAUGCCGAUGCUAGGGGUAUGGAUAUGGCUGAGAGAUUAGCAUAAGGUAUGUGUAAUCUUAUAGCUGCAUCCUGUGAGUUUCCCUCCGGCACCACCUGCAUCAGAUACAGGACACUUCGGAGGUAUGACUGUUUUAGUGUUUUCUAUCAAUUAGGUUCUGUAGUUAGUCUCAUUGUUAUUUGGCUCUUAAUCCGGCCUGGUCAGCUAUUCAGAGGGAAUUUCAGGCCAAAGUAGCUGAAUGAAAAAUGUUCUCCAAAUCACCUUUGUUUUCAGUUAACGGUUUUAGCCAAACACUUUAAUAACUAACCUGCAUAUAGUGAUGGUGCUUCACUAGUUCCAGAGGCAGCUACUAGUCAUGUGUCUUGCCACACAUUGUCCCUUAAUUUCCUAGAAACCAAUCUGAUGGCUGGCACAGAAUUCAAGAAGCAACUAGUAGGCUAUGGUUGGCCACCCCAAUCCUGCUGAGUGUAAUAAAUUAUCUGUUUGGAUAUUUUUCUAGUGGAUAUGAUUGGUUACACAUUAGUACUAUUUACUCUUCUGAUGCCAGUGGGAGAAAGCAACCGCAAUUCUAGCUUCAUUAAUUAAAGAGCGAUAUCUUUACACUGGGACAUGCUUUUUCCCUACACCCUCUAAACGUCCUGAGUCUCACCCUGUCCCUCUCUCCUCAGAUUGCUGACUUGAAGAUCGCCAGGCAGCUGGCGUCUGAAAUCACCUCUAAAGGAGCUUCACUGUACGACCUUCUAGGCAAGGAGGCUGAGCUCAGAGUAAGUAUGAGAGCGAGAUACAAUGUGUACUUGGAAAUAUAUAUUAUUAUUAUUACUACUACAGCAAAUCGUUCACAUUGGAGGUUAUUAUUGAAAUAUUCACAUUUCAUACAAAAUAUUUUCACAUAAUUUCCUACCUUAUCUAAAGCAGAUGUUCUGAACAAACUGUGUCCCUAUUAAAGUAGAUUUUACCUCAUUUCCUUGUCUUAGCUGAACUUGUAAGCUACCUGAUUGAGUCAGUAUGGAAACCUUUACCUGGAAACCUGCUGUGUUACUCUUCGAGCCUCUUGGUUCUGCAAAUGUUUUUUUUCUCUUCCUAUGUUGAUUGGCUCUGCUGUGGACAGAACGGGACUGCCCUAAUUCUUCCAUCUACACAUGAAGUGCCAAAACUUGUUGGCCAAUUGGUUGCCAGGUCUUCAGUUAAAACCGCAAUUCUCUGGCCAAGUGUGUUGCAUAGCCCGUUCUCCCUUGCCUUAGGGUUAUGUCACAUGUAUUGGCUUGGAAUCUACACGUUUUACGAACGUGUGAUAAAUAGGAGAUGCUAAUUUUUCUUUCAAUCUUAUUCUGUUAUCUAAUUUAAUUUGAGCGAGAAAUCUGCAAAAGUGCAUGAGCUAUGACUGUACAGAAAAACGCUUUAUCCACUUCUUCUUUUUCUUCUUCUUAUACAAACUCCUUACAUUAUAGAGUUUCUAUUUUGAGUAUUGGGGUUAACUCUGUAUUUUUAUUCUGUGACCUUAUUGCAUUUACUGUGGCUGUUCACACACUGAUCAAUGGUAGAGAAAAUGUGUAAUUAGGCAACUGAGCUUAAGCUGCACAGGAGAAGAAGCGAUAAUACACACAGCCUGCCAUGAACAUACCACAAGCUCAUUACUCACACCGCCUAACGAGCUAAACCUCUGUGUGAUGGAUUGUACAGUAUCCACUCCUGUACAUCUCAAGACCUCCCCCCACUGAGAAAGCUUUUUAAAUAGCUAGCAUACAGAAGUAACGAGUUCUCAGGGACGUCAGAGGAUGCGAUCUCUCGGGUAUUGGGACUGUAAGAUGAUCAGACAGUGAGGUUUAUUAUCAUGUCAGAGGCACAACUGUUGUAACCUGAAUUUUCUGUGAAAUGACAUUCUGCGACAUUCCAAGUAAUUUUUUUUUUUUAAUUAAGAUAUCUUUUUAACCUGUACGAAAUCAAACUUGGUUAUUCAUCUGGCUAGAUGUGGCUCCCCCAGAGGUUUUUUGUUUUUACUAGAACCCAUAGGUUGUAUUAUAUUGCAUGAUAAAUGUAAUAGAGAAAGUCCCCAGGCUUUACUUCUCAGUGGAAUACAGAACUCUACUGCUAAUACUCUUAAUACAAAGCUCUGUUCCUAAUAGAAAAUCCCAACGGUUAACUGCAGGAUCUUUGAAGCCUAGUUAUGACAGUAGAACCAUAGUUUGGUGUCCCUUGCCAUGACUGUUUAGUGUGUAGGGAAGUCGAUCAGUUUUGAUACUUUAAUUUUGACACCUUUUUAUUUGAACCAGAAAAUCACUGAAUCUCACAUGAGUACAAGAUAACCAUCAUUAUCAGUGUUCUUCCCCAUCACUUCUGGACUUUAAAGAUUAGUGAGGCACUCUUGACUCUUGUAGAUUGUAAAAAAACAAUUUCUGAAUUCAGUUGUUGGACACAUAACAAGCUAGCCUUGGAAGAAAUUAAUCUUUUUGGAGGAGCCUCACGGGAUAUAUGUCUUUUCAAGCCACUCCACUGUAAUAGUUUUGAUAUCUUUAAAAGAUUCGAUUUGCCCUCUUGCCACUUAGAAAUCUUAGGUUGGCUUUUAAAUACUGUAUACUGUAGAUCAUAAGAAGAGACCGGUGAUUCACUGUUGGGCGAGUCAUGUCAGCAGCUCAGCUCACACUGACCUCACAUUGACUGAGAUGUGUAUAUACAUUGUGUACUUCUAAACAGGAAGACUUUGUUAAAAGGGGAGGCUUAGUAAAGGGGACAGACUUACACUGCAUUGUGAAGGUAAACUAGAGAGUCUUAAUGUGACAGAAGAUACAACAUGAACCUAGGUCCUGGUUCCAUAUGAUUAACAGAGGGAUGUACUAGAAACCAAGAGAUGGAAUUGGAAUGGGUUUAGGAAGCCAUCACAUGUUAGUGUGGCUAGUGUUGUGUACAUUUCUUAUAAGCCAUAGAUUGGAAAUAUGUUCACAAACUGCAUGUGGGUAAUAUUUACAGUAAUAGAUACAAACAACAAACCCUAACAUACAAAAUUAAACCACCGCUCAAACUCCCAUAACUCUGGGCAGCAGCAAUGACUAUCGUACACAUCAGCCCCAAUACGUACAACAAAGAAAAAUUAGCUUGCGCUUUAUCCCGAAUCCCUAUGCACAUUUGCCUUAAUCCCAUCAAUUCCUGAAUAUAAGUUUUGCAAAUGUGCGUAAUUGUGUUCAUUGCAUUUUCCUAAUUAACACAACAAAUCGUAGCUCAUUGUUUAGACCUCAGAUCCAUUGCCGCAGCGUUCAGCUAUCUGUGUCACAUUCGCAACACUUGCACAACCUUAACUCUCUAGAUAAUUUGAGUGCAAACACAAUGAUUUGUGGGAACUAGUUAUCAUACAGCCAGAGGGUUUGUUCAUACUGGCGGUUGUUAAAUAGUUAAGAUAUUUAUUCUCCUCUGAGAUUUGUAUUAAUGCAGCAGUACUCAAGUGUGCAAACAUGACUGUCAUCCCUUUUAUGAAUAGGAUCUGGGCAUAUCAGUGUUCUCAUAUAGUGACAGGAUCUUGUUUCUUUCACACUGUAUGCAGCUGUCAACUUUCUGCAUGACAUUAAGAGCGCUGCUUACGGUUCUCAGUUAGAGAAACCAUUUUAUAAUAAUAAGGAUAAUUUAAACACUUUGUAUGAUACAUUUUGUAGAUUAAAGUAAAAUAUAUUAUUCAUAAAUUCUGAUGCCUAGGGCUAGAUUUUUGUGAGUGUGUACCAGCCACCUAAAACAAGUUAAUAUUAAUCAAGUAAUGUUGGGUUCCAAUUUGAAAAACAAAUCUAUUUCAGGCUACCUGCCAUUAUGGAAUGACAUUAAAAAAAACAACAUUCCCAUGUUCCCAUGUUUUACACACCAGGGAUUUCCUGCCGAGUUUAGAUGUUAGAAGGUACACAUUCUCUUAACCUGUAUGUGCCUAAGACAUUCUGAACAUACAGCAAGGAAUGAUCUAAUCACAUUUGAUGUUCUAGCCUCUUGGGCUUUUCUGACGCAGGGAGAUGUUUUUAGAUACCUGCACUUUCGUAAUUUCAUUCAAAAAUCUGAGAUUCUCCAAGCUUUUAAACAAGCCUUGACCUAUUUUGAGCGCUAGCCUGAGUACACUGGAAAAGGGGCAUGUUUCCUUGGUAGAUUGGGGAAGGGGGUUAAAUGGAGGAAAUUUGAGAAACCAAUACAAAUUUCUAAUCUGUAAAAUUCCACAAUAACCAGCAUCUACAGCACUUCUGAGAAGAUAUGCGACUUCUUAGUAUGCUACAUUUUGUGGGUGUUGCAGGCAAAAAAAACUAAAAUUCUAGCCCCCAAUUCUCUGAUGUGAUUUACAGUUGGUGGAGAAAUAGGAAAAAGGUGUAAAAAUAAAUAAAUAAAAUAUCCCAAAUUAUCAGCCAAUCAGAUGGGGCAUGGUGUGUAAGUAAAUAAUACUGUUUUACCAUCUAAAGUCCUAAAUUACCCCUCCUCCCAUUUCUCUGCCAUUGAAGUUGUCCUUCUAGUCCGGGGGUCAGCAACCUAUGGCACUCAAGGUGUCUUUGCACGGCACUCAAAGCUGUCAGAGCCAAACGGGCUCUGGCCUAUCAAAAGUCCCAGUGGAACUUUAGAUAUCUGCUUGUUCAAACUGAGCAUUGAUUGUAGGUAUUGAGGAACAAUCCUCAAUUUACGCAUUGCAGCACAUAGAAGAAGUAAUCUCAAAUCAAUUCUUCCCAGCACUUGUGAACAGGAAUCCGCACUGGAGUGGUCAAGGGCAGCUUCUACCCUUGACAUGUACCUGACCAUCCCAGUUCCUACACUGCUACAUGUACACAGAGCUGCAGAAGAAGCCCUACCUCAUCAUAAAUAAUACAAUCAGCUAGUACACAAACACACAAAAACCACACCAUUGACAAUCCACAUGCACCGACAUAACACCACUAGCAGACUCACAUGCAAUACCACAGCAGCCCGACACAUAUACACACAAUGUGACAUAUUAACACACACACACACACACACAAUUCCUCAAGCAGCCGCCAUACAUAGCCCACAUUCAUAGGUAUCAUACACAAUACCACAUCGAAUCCUGAACCUAUGCAAUAUAACAACCCACAUACAACCCAUAAAUAACACAAGCACAAUACGGCAACAUACAGACCUCAAUUUACAAACUAGGACUGGCACGCCAAGGAACUUUAAGAUCUUGUUUUGGCACAAUAAGACUAAAAGCUUGCCUACCCCUGUUUUAGUCUUUCAAAACGGAUGCAAUACCUUGUUGCAACUAUGUCAUGCAAUUGUAUUCCUUGUGUAUUGUUCUUUAUAUACUAUUCUUAAAAAAACUAUCUUUAAAUAAUAAAUACAUUUAAAGACUUUACCCCAAAUAACCCCCAUACAGAGCCCAGCUGCACCUCUCCACUCAUACAUAACAAUGGCCACCCACGUUUUUUAAAAUUCAUUCUUAGAUGAAGGAUAAAGAAUAAUAAAUGGUCUUGCUUUGCACUCUGUAUAUUUUGCAAGCUCCGAUUACAAGUCAGAAAUGGCUGUUUGUCUGUCUGUUGAUUUUUCUAUACCCUGCAUUCUUUUAUAAAAAUAUUUUUUGUAAAAGCCUUUAAAUUGUAAUACAAUAAUAACACUCAUUGAUACCGUAGUAUAGAAAGGUGCCCACUUGACACUUUUAGAAGCAAGAUCUAGAAUGCAUUAGUUAAACAUACUGUUUUGUUUAAACAAAAGGUGUGAGAUACGGGUGUUUUCUUGGUGUAGGUGUAAUGUUCUGUGCUGAUGUUCAGUAGACGAAGAGCUUUGCCUUUUUUCUUUCAGGAGCUGAGAACAGCAGCCAUCGCUCGACCCCUUGAGAUAAACGAGACAGAAAAGGUCCUAAGGACAUCCAUCAAAGAAGUGCUGGUAAGUGAGUCAGAAUGUCUGAGUUGCUAAAGUACUGUACUAAACAGACAUACAGCUCAAUCAAAGCACUUUAAUUCACUUUAGUAUUUGUAUAAUGAUAAGCCACAGAGCGCAUUCCCAUGGACCCAUUAUCCUCCGAACGUCUGUGAAGAUGCACAGGAGUUAUGGGUGUUGCAAUCCUCUCCUGGUUGGCACCAGCUGGGCAGGCUGGCAAUAUAGAUUUUAUUUUUUGAGAACAUGGUGGCAUGUAGCAUGUAAUACAUCGUACAUAAUUCUACACAUGUUGAAUUACAAACAUUUGUGUAUCACAACAUCCACAAUAUAUGGAGAGAAACAUACAACUCAGAACAGUAAACUUUAGAAAUCACUUUUUGUGCAAAAUGCUAUCUCAUAUGGAAAUGCCCCAUCCUUCUGUGCCAGUGAUAUUUAUCUAACUUAGUACUGUAUAUGUACCUGGGGAAGUGCUACAACCAAACAAACAGCACAUUACAUAUAACUUCAGUUAGACACUUUGCAAAGUGAUCACAUAUUUAGUAUUUAACCUGUGUAAUAUUGUACACGUUGGGGUUUAUGAAGAGCUGGUACACCAGAACAGUAGUUUUGAGUUAAAUUUGCGGACAUGCUGUGAAACGUGUUGGGGAGCUGUGUGUGGGAUGAACGCAAUGUAUAUAAAUAUAUUUAAAAAGGAAAACCAUUUACAUUGCAUGUGCACAAUUAAAAGGCUUUGAAAUGCCUUUGUUCAGUUUUUACCUGUUUGAUUGUACCUCUCUUCACCCGAACUCCUGAACGCUUUCAAGAAACAUCUGAAUUAUGGAAGGAGCAAAAGAUAAAAUGCAUUUUAUAUAUAUAUAUAUUAUAUUUGUGUUAAUUUUUGCUCCUUCCAUAAUUCAGAUUUUUCUUGAAAGUGUUCAGGAGUUCAGCUGCACAAACUUCGAAGGUGUGUUUUUUUUGUUGUUUGUUUGUUUGUUAGUUUAAUUUUUUUCAGGUGGCUUUAUUGAUUUUUAUGUAAUAAAUUCAAAAUGUGUGCAAAUGUUUUAUAAUCUCAAAAACCGUGAGACCAAUCAGCAUUUUUCCUGCUGUGGAGGCCGUAGGUAGUUUUUCCUUUUAAAGGAAUAGAUUAUUUGUCAUUUCCUACCCAUAUCCAUGGUUUUUCUACCCAUUUAAGGUUCAUUUCCAUUUAAAUGGCCUGGUUCUAAUAUUGAUUCAGAGUAAGCACUUGGUGUUGUGCGAAACACGUCAAUGUGAUAUUUUGCCGUCAGUUGGUUUCCCAAUUGUUCUUUUGUUGCUCUUUUUCAGAUUUGUGCACUUUUGUCUUUUUACUUGAUUGGAGAAAUAAACAGAACAUUUUAAUCUAUAACUUUUCGUGCUACUUUACCUGUAGAUCUGCCCGUUCAUUCUUUUUUUUUUUUCAUAUCCUACCUAGCAGUAUGGGCCAGUGAUGUACAUAAUGUGCACAUCACUGGUCCAUACUGGCAAAUCCUCAUAAGGCUGUUUUUCUCAUAUCUUGUACCCAAGGAACAAGUCCAGAAGAUGAAGGACUUUAUAAGUAACAGUGCAUCUGACGAGGCAAACCUGGAGUCCAAAAUUGACAAACGGAAGCAAGAGCUGGAGAGAACUCAGAAACGACUGCAAACUCUUCAGACGGUCAGGUGAGAUAAGGAUCCGGUUAUGUCUGUCAUUAAUUGUUCUUCUGGGUUUUCACUGUGCAGACAGUGUCCUUGAGAUCAGGAGAGGGUCAUAAAUUUGUUUUAAAGGAAAGCUACAUACAAGUAUUGAUUUUUUUUUUUUACUCGAGUUUUGCAAGCAUGUAUUUUCUGUGAACAGUUUACACGUUUACUGACAUUUAAUUACUCAUUUGUGUAUUCGUGUAAAGUCGCAGUAAUGAUAACUGGAUAUCAAUAUUCCAGUAUAAAAUGCUGACGUUCAUUCUAGACAUUCACUGACUGCAUUCAUAUGUAAGUUUAACCAUUCACAUCCUCUAAAUCUGAAUGGUUAGGAAGAAAUGCUUUAGGUUCCAUCUGUUGGCCUGUGAUAAACAAUAACAUUGAGUAGUUUUCGCUUGCCAACUGCUCCAAAUGUACCCAAGACAAUGACUGAACUUCAAGUAACACAAGAUUUAAGUAAUUUGUUGUGUGUGUUUUUACAGACCAGCCUUCAUGGAUGAGUACGAGAAGAUAGAAGAGGAGCUUCAAAAACAGUAUGAAGUUUAUAUAGAGAAAUAUCGAAACCUCUUUUACCUGGAACAUCUGCUAGAAGAACAUCACCGUAAUGAGCAGCUUCGGUUCGAGGUGAGAAAUUCUGUAAUGGAAUCAUGUCACUGCCAGCGGGGUCUACAAGCUCCCUGUGUCGUUUAGGUAGGAUCACACAAACAAUUCAGCCCUCUUCUAGGGCAAUGGCAUGUACCCGAAACAUAAAGAAUUGUCACUGGUUGGAGUUACUGCCAUCAUUAGGCAUUGCGUCUUUGUUUGCAAUUGGAUUUUUCUAUUUUAUUUAUAUAUUCACUUUUAUAGUUGACCCAAACAGAAGAUGAGGUUCUCAAGAGUAAUUGUUAGGGGGGCUAUACGUUUAGGACCUGAGGAGUGGGCAUCUUUUGGUUCUAUAUUCGGGAAGGAGACCUUAGUGUUGGGACCAAUGGACUGGGUUCUGCAGCACAAGUGAUGUAUGAAAGAGUAGGGCUAUUUACUGGUUCUAAUCACCCCCCAUACCCAGUGACAUAGGGUAUUUGUCGCUCAGGAGGCUCCUUGAGUGUUCUUAAACCUCCAAGUACUUAUUUAUUAGGGAAUACUAUUGGGUUAUGCACUGUCUAGUUUCAAACAGAGCAUGGGCAAUAAUCAUAAGUUUCCUCUGGCUAGACCAUCAACAACCUAUAUUUAUUUUUGUUAAUCUUUGCUAUAUGUCAUAAACAAAUUGCAGAACUGUUGUCAGCAAAAACAAAUAACCCUGCAAUUUUGUUAGCAAAUUUGCUCUUACUGCCCACUUUUUAUAAUAUUAGAUCCUUUACAAAAAAAACCCCAAGAACAGGUAAGGAAAAAGGUUAGUGCUAUUUUCUAGAAUGGGAAAUUGAAUCCAAAAUCGGUUGCUUAGUUCAUGGUCCUACACUCCCUUCUUUUAAGCACUUCUAUAUCUAAAAUGUGCCAACUGGUUCCUAUCUGCCAUUCCAAUUCAUAUGUCUCUUGUUUUCGUUCAUCAAUCAGUGAAUAUAAUAUUUAAUACCCACUUCCUUUGUCACCAGAAAGCAAGUUAAUUUUGUCUCUCAGUAUGAGACUGCCACUCAAAUCCAUUGAUGUAUUCAUACAUGCUUCAUUGACAUGCACAUUUAUUUAGCACUCUUCCAUAUAAAUUUUUUUGCAUAAACUCAACUCAUUUUUUAAAAUAUAUUUGGCGCUCUCAGAAUUUUUAAAUUUUUUUUAAACCCUUUUACUUCCUUUUUUCCUGAGAAAGGGCCAUGGCUAUAUAUACCUAUGGAAAUCGAUUUUAAAUAAAAAAAAUCCGUAAAAGAAAUGAAGUCUUCAUAUUGCCUAUUGCUCCUGCUCAUACUUGUGAAAUUCUAUCCCUGCCCACAUCUUCAGUUUGGGAGUUUAUUCCAUCUCAAUGAAAACACCCACUGACUGUCCUGUGUCUCUUUACACUCUUUCAUCUCACCUGUCAAUCCAGCUGGACCCUCGCUAUAAAUUACGGCGAAUGAUGCUCCUUGGAUGGCAGUGAUAGUCUAGCUAACAAAAUGCUCCUAACCUAUCCUUGAUGUCUGCCCCAGGCUCAGCCUGUCAUUGCCGGCCAAGGUUGGACAGAUUUGUAGUUUAUAAUCUGGAAGUGAUGUUUCUGUAUUAUCAGUGCAGCUAGAGACGGGGAGGUUAUGGGUGCUAAGGAGAGCCCUAGUUUUUGCCAACCGCUCUAAAAUGCCAUAAUAGAACUGCACCAUAACUACUCCAGCUCAGUAUAGUGCUUGUGGUGAUACAAGAGCUAAUUUCUUUAACUCUACUUUCUGUUUGUCAGAACUUGGUUACAUAGCUUAAAGUAACAGAGUGAGAACCUGUAUCUGUAUGUACAAAGGUUACAAAUAAAAAAGCGGCACACACAUUUAAUACUUGCUCUGCAAUCAUUUCAUUUCUAAGUGCUAUGUAGGUAGACUAUAAAUAGGAGUACAGUAAGUAUCCCUGAUUCUAAAGGGCUUCCUGACCUAUAAUUAUUUUUCUCCCUGGUAAAUCACUAGGCUGUCAUUUAUUGUAUUAAAUUGUUGGUGCAUUGUAAUGUCGUUCCCCUCCAUUCUCUGCCUUUUGCAGUGCUGAGCAAUCAAUGUCAUUGUGGCACUUCACAAAGAUGUCAUCUCCCCACCCACCUUUCUUCCUUCCAAUUACUUCCAUUGAUAUGUGUUUGGUCUGUUGUGUUUGUUUUUUCCUCUUUUUUUGUUUCUCGCCUACAUGAUUGAUUCUAUUAAUACAAAUACCAAAGUAUCAGUAGUUUUGUAGAUUAAAUUAUAGCCUAUAAAGCUUUACGCUGUAUUUCUUCAAGCUUACUGUCACAGCGGUGCUAAAACAACAUAGAAAAUUGAAAGGAGUUUUCAUUAAAAUAAAUCAAUGUUUGUAUGUUUUUGUUUUUGCUCUGUGCCAUAUUUAUUCUCCAUUUUAACACGUAGGCUUUGAAGAUGACUAGAAGUCAGAGCCUUUGUUUCCCAACUGUAUUGCUGCAGGGGCAUAGCUCAGGUGACGCACCUGUCAGAAUUACUUGUUAGUGCUCGGCUGGUUAAACUUAACUGAAAUGUGACAUUUUACUGUAGCCUGAAGAUACACAUGAUAAACAAUGGUAUAAAGACAAUAGUGAGGUAAAAUUCUGAAUUGUGCGCUGGGAGCAGACCCGCCUGAAAGGAAUCUUCUACCUCUCAAAGUUUUCAUGAAUCAAAACGAAUUCCUUUUAGUUUAAGGUGAUGUGUAGUAGUAGUAGUACCUGUGUGUGGAUUAUUACCUGUAUGAAAUGAUAUUUCGGUACAUUGUGGAUAAGAAUGGCAGCUAGUAUAGAUCCUGGAGAUGUUACAGUUGUGUUCUCUAAAUCUAACGCUGUCAUUUCCAAGUGAUGUCACUAUAAUCUGGCCUUUUGCUUAUCCUAGGGACAGACUUGAAGGACAUUUCUAUAAAAUAAACAAUGAAGAAAUACAUUUAUACUUUAUAUGCGUCAGAAUAUACUUUAUUGUUUUUACUUGACUUACUAAAAGAACAUCUGUCCCCUCAUAAAUAUGGUUUAAUAUAAUAAUUAUUUUAUCAAGUUUUUAGAGAAAAUAUAUAUUUAAUUUUAAUGAAGUAUAUGUAAAAAACCUCUCCCUACCUUUAGUCUAUGACAGGAUCCUUCAGCCAUAUAUAUAUGCCUCGGGUAUACUCGCACACAGACUCGCACACAAACACACAUCACCAUCAUAACUUCCAUUUAUCGGAAACGUGUUCAAAUUCUCACGUUAUGACACCUGUGAUCACAUAAUAAAUACGGACAUGCACAAUAUUCUCGGUCUAGUGAAUAAACACGUGUGCACGUCUGUAUUUGUUAUGUGAUCACAGGUGUCAUAACGUGAGAAAUUGAAUACGUUUCCACUAAAUGGAAGUUAUGAUGGUGAUGUGUGUUUGAGUCCAGCAUCUUGGUUUAAACCAGCUGAUUCCAGAAUUGUAAUGUUCCACAAACUGCAUGGAUUACCGAGGCUUGACAUAUCUGCAUUAUUGUUCAUUCCCAGGAGAUGCAAAUUGUGUACAAAUCAGACCAUCUGACAAAUAUCUUUUUUUAGUCGUGAGGCUAAAUUCAGAAGGAGAAAGGCAAUUUUCUUGCUGUGCUGCAAACUGUAGGCGAUGUAAAUAACCCUGUGCAGUUAUAAAUAUCUUGGCUAGGGAAGCAGUGAAGCCCUGGAGCCUGGAUUCACUAUAUUUGCCAGCCAGAGAUUCACAGCACUUCUAAGAUCCGGACUGUCAGGUUGAUGCUGUGCCUUCUCCUCUAGGCAGAUCUUAAGUGCUGAUCAUUGUGUCCACAUGAUUGAACCUAUCUUAUUAAAUUCCUGCUCUGCUGACUGAGCACGAGUCAAUGCAUCUCUUCCAACGGUGUGUCCAAGUGUAUGAUUUAAGCUGUUGCUGUCAUCCUUGUGUCUCCUGCCGCAGAGGGAAGGAUGUUGUUUUUCAGUCCAUUAUUUAGUGGGGUUAAAGUUUUCAGAUGGAUGAGAUUUAGAGAUAGAUGAACGUACUUACAAAGAAAAAAAAAACAUGUCCAUCCCUGCCUAUAUUAUGUCACCUGUCUGCAAUGGUGUGAUGUUACAACCGUGACUCCUGUCCUUAAAAAGACACUAUACUCACAAAAGCAACUUUAGCUUGAUGUAUCAGGUUUUUUUAAAUAGAUCAUGCCUCUUAAGUUUUAUUUCUUAAUUCUCUGCCAUUUGGGAGUUAAAUCCCGUUUGCUUCUGUUUAUGCAGUCGCUGACACAGCCUGCAUGGAAACAAAAUGGUUUCUCCUACUCUUUAAAUUGAACUUGAAUUGCACACAGGAGGCUCCUGCUGGGUCUAGCAAGCUAUUAACAGAACAGGAGAUGAGAAGAAAUUCAAAAUUAAACAGAAUUUUCAAUACAGGAAGUGAACAUUAGAUGACUCUUUACAGGAAGUGUUUAGGAAGACUGUGUAAGUCACAUGCAGGGAGGUGUGACUAGGGCUGCAUAAACAAAGUGAUUUUACUCCUUAAUGGCAGAGAAUUGAGCAGUGAAACUGCAUGGGCAUAAUCUAUACACCAAAACUGCUUCAUUAAGCUAAAAUUGUUUUGGUGACUAUAGUGUCCAUUUAAUAUAGUCACAUAGAAACAUAGAAUGUGACGGCAAAUAAGAACCAUUCGGCCCAUCUAGUCUGCCCAAUUUUCUAAAUACUUUCAUUAGUCCCUAGCCUUAUGCCUAUCCCACGCAUGCUUAAAGGACCACUAUAGUGCCAGGAAAACAUACUUGUUUUCCUGGCACUAUAGUGCCCUGGGGGUGCCCCCACCCUCAGGGUCCCCCUCCCGCCUGGCUCUGGGGAGAGAAAAGGGGUUAAAACUUACCUUUCUCCAGCGCCGAGCGGGGAGUUCUCUGCCUCCGAUCCUCCUCCUCUCCUCCCAUUCGGCUGAAUGCGCACGCCUGAAGAUGAGGUCUUAAAAAAUCUAACAUUAUUAAUAUAACUAGUUGGCCAGUAAAGGUAUAAAAUAGCUGUGCCCACUGGUGCAAGAUAUUGCGGUUGUGGAGCACACCACUCCAUAGGGCGUCAAUAUAAUUAUAUAUUUAUCAUAGAUUCUAUAAUAUGCAGUAGUUGUGUGGUUACAUUUCAUUAAUGAAAAGAUUUGUGGUGUUUACUUUACAUUAUUAAUAAAGAGUUAUAGCUCUUCUGCACUCACCAUUAUACUCGCAGUGAGAGACCCUUCAUACAAUAAAGCUAAGGGAUACAAUCUGACAGAUACAUAACAGGGAUUGUAACCGUAGUUCUUUCUGUGACUUGCCAUCCAUUAAAGGGUUACUGUAAGUACUGUAACCACUUCAGCUUGAUUGUUAUAGUGUGAUAAGUUGGCCUGUGUAGUGUUUCUUUUUGCUCCCAUUCCCAAGGGGACCCAAAUAUUUCUCUUGUCAAAAUGCUGAUGACAUUACUGUGUUCAUUAUCCUUUAGGAAGCGGAGGACACACUGCGCCAGAUGCAGAGCAAGCUAAGGGAAGAGGAGGACCGGCUGCAGAAGACCGGAAGUGAGUAUAAUAAAGCAUAAUAGACCCCACGGUCUUUAACACAACGAUUAGGACUUUCAGGAAGGCCCCACAAUCAUCUACUGAGGAGAAGGAAAAUGUCUAUUUCUAGUGUUUGUCAUUGUUUAUGCAGUCAUAGCAUCCUUUUAUGGAGAUGGGAAAAGUCCAAGAGAACUUUGAAUGCCAUUUGAGACCAUGGAUAAUUUUAAAGGGAUACUGUAGUUGCCAAACACCUUUUAGCCUAAUGAAGCAGUUUUGGCGUAUAGAUCAAGCCCAUGCAGACUCACCGCUCAAUUCUCUGCCAUUUAGGAGUUAAAUCACUUUUGUUUCUGUUUAUGCAGCUCUAACCACACCUCUCCUGGCUGUGACACGCCACCUGCAUGAAAAAAAUGGAUUCAUUUGCAAUCAGAUUUAACUUCCUUUAGAAGAUUUUUCUCCUGCUCUGUAAAUUGAACUUUAAUCACACAUAGGAGGCUCAUGCAAGGUGUUGCAAGCUAUUGGCAGAGAUAUGAAAUUCUAAAUUAAACAGAAUGUGCAAUAAAGGAAGUGUAAGCAUUAGAUAUCCCUUUACAGGACGUUUUUAGGAAGACUGUCUAAGUCACAUGUAGGUAGGUUUGACUAGGGCUGCAUAAACAAAAUGAUUUAACUCCUAAUUGGCAGAGAGGCUGCAGGGGCAUGAUCUAUACACCAAAUCUGCUUCAUUAAGCUAAAGUGGUUUUGCGGACUAUAGUGUCACUUUUAAUUCUGUCUCCUUCCAAACACUCUAACCUUCUAGAAAAUCUUCACCUAAAAUUCAAGUUUCCUAGAAAAGAUGCAGAAUCCUAGAAGAGAGGAAUUAAUAUCCCCAAGUCCAUAUUAUUACUAGUUGUGUAUACUAAUUGAAUGUACUUAUCUAAUAAUAAUAAAAAUUGCCAUGGGGGGGAGCGGAGCUUGCGCCUGAACCAGAGCAUACGCCAUCUACCACGGCUCUGCUGGAAAUCGCCCAAAAGGCCUGAUUUUGGAAACUAACCCGCUCACCUGCACGGGUAACCGACGGAACGCAUACAGACCAGCCCCCGGUAACAACAUAUAUGCGGUUUUUCCAUGCUCCCAAAGCACCACGGAAGAAACACAGGUCUGUGGCCUACCACGCCACCCCAGACCUUAACUUGGCUGCAAUGCUCUGUGGUUUCACACCCCAGACAGAACCUGCCUCCACAAUGGGAUGGCGGUCCCAGAAGCCUGACACUCCAUCAGGGGCACGAGAUAUUGGGUCUCUGUUCCAGCGACUGCCCCAACCUAAAAUGGCGCCGCCUGGGAGCAGCAGGCCAUGGAAGCUCCCCUGGGCCCUUCACAGGCUGAAACAGCCACGCGGCCCGAGCUGCCGACCACUGAGCAAACCACACUGGCUGUCCCAGACAGGUCGGCUUCUGUUACCAAACAAGAUUUUCAAAAUCUGGUGGUGGAAAGUAAAAACCUAUUGGCAGCUAAUGUAGCUAUAAUAAAGGCCAACAUGCAGGAGGUCACUGACAGAGUGAGAGCUGCAGAGGAGGACAUUGUGGAUCUCAAACAGGGUAUGAUCACUGUGCAGGACACCUUACAAACCUUACAAAACAUGCAAUAGUCUCUCACACUUCAUUACACCGCACUAGAUGACGAUCUAGACGAAAUCAUCUGAACAUUAGAGGCAUACCUUACACUGUAACCUCAGAGGAGCUCCCUCAUUACAUGAGGUGCUUGGUGGCCUCCAUCCUACCACCUACUCCCGCUAAAAAAUUCACCAUGGACGAGAUCUACAGUCUCCCUAAGUCAUAGUACGCUGUUCACUCUCCCAAGAUAAACGACUCACUUGGUCAGCGCUAUAAGGCAAGACACCUUAUAUCUUUGUAGGCUCAAGCCUCACCUUCCAUCAGGACCUCACAAGUCCACCUUACAAUGGCAGCGAUCCCUCCACCCGCUAACAAGUCAACUGAGAAUAGCUGGAAUCAAGUAACUGUGGAUGUCUCCCAGGAUCCUAGUGGUCACCCAUGAAGGGACAGUACACAAGAUAUCGCUUGCUGAAUCUCCAACCCUACUCAAAGAUUUGGGCCUCCCUACCCCAACGAUUGCCAAUGACGGGUGACCAAGCGCCCACAUCUGGGACCCUUCCCAAGUUGUGCCAUUUUUCCCUAGUGCCGGCUCUGUCUCACAACCAGGGACUUGAAUACCUUAUGGGGUGUAUACCCGUUUGCAGAUAAUUUUGUUUUUUAGUUAGUCCUUAUUGUUUCCGUGUUAAGUUCGUUUUAUUAGUUAGGCGACCUCCUUAAAGGUACUACCAUUCCCUGAUCUCUAGCUCCUGGUAUGCAGGCGCUAUCCAGUAUGUGUCUAGCUCCACACCUACCCACUCUCCACCUCUUCUACACCCUUGGUUAGGGGGACCACUAAUAGACGGCCUGUUUAUUAACCCUUAAAAGAUGUAAUCCUUGCUAUCACUCACAACGAAAUCCUAGGUCACCAUCGUACCAUCCUUUCAUUCAGCCUGUCCCUUCCCUUCAAUAAGCCCCUCCUGAAUAAUCAUAUUGAUGAUCGGUAUCUCUAGGUAUAUGCAUGUUCUUUUCCUACCUGAUCUCUAUUAUAUUCAGUUGCAUAUAUGUUUUCUGUAAUGCACGCUGUUGCUGUUAUGGCAAGGCGAUAUAGCUUGUUGUUGUUUUUUUUUUUUUGUUUGUUUUUUAUUCAAUGCGCAACAAAAUAAAGAAUUGAAAUAAAAAAUAAUUGCCAUAGUCUUAGCAUUUCUAUCCAUUUGGAAAAUGUAAAUGUACGUAGCACAUGCGGUCUGUCUAAACCAAAUCAGCAGUGGUUAAAUAGCUGUUCUCCCUCAUGUUUCUCCUUCAGGGACUAGAACCUGCAUCCCUAGUUUAGAACAGACACUGCAUUUGGUAUAUGAUUCAAAUGAGCUAUCCCACAUGCCACAUUAUUCAGAGGUAUAGGGUAACAGACCCCAAAUUGUCGACUCAGUGGUUUUAUGCAGCGAGCGUGCUGCACUAGAUCAUAAAGUGUGAAUCGGGCAUGUCCGUCGGACAAACAUUUAAUAAGUUUCCCUAUACUGCCUGGUCACCGGACGUCCUGUAUACAAAGUCCACCUCCCUCUUUCUGUAACUUUGUUGCUUUCCUAUAGAUUGUAACCUUCUUUUCUGCCAUUUCAGAUAGUAAUGAGGACACAGACAGCGAAAUCCAGGAAGAUGAUGGGUCAGAUGAAAUGGAGGAUGAUGACAAGCGACCAAUCAAACCUCGAGUUGGCCGUGGUGUCAUGAUGCAAGGUAGUGGGACAGUGGCAGUAAAAGGAAAAUGGUGGCUGCUACAUUAAUGUAAUGGAUUCUCGUACCUGAAAGUGUUUUGGCACUGCUCCGUUUCCAUUGAUGUCUCCUCAUCCACUGACUUCAUCAAUAGUGCAAUAAUGACACAGAGACAUAUAGACACACAGGCAGAGACAUGCAGAUACACAGAGACAUACAUACACAGUCACACGGAGAUAUACAGGUAGAGAUAUACACAUAUACAGGUAGAGAUAUACACAUAUACAGAGACAUACAGGCAUACAGACACAUACAUAUAAAGGCAUACAGAGACACAGACUUACAUAUAAAGGCAUACAUGUGUACAGAGACAUACAGAGACACAGACAUACAGGUGUACAGAGACACAGACAUACAGGUGUACAGCGACAUACAUGCACACAGAGACAUAGACAGACAUACAUACAUAUAGGCACAAUAACAUACCUACAGGUCCGUGGUGUGCAUGCAGCUCAGCCUCAUCAUAGGGCACAAGCCGCGCUGUGUGGUGAGCAGGGAUAUUAUGUAAUUCAUACCCCCGUCCCCUUCACACAGCCUGCGGCAGACACCAGUGUAAGAGACUACUCUGGCGGCAGUAAACUGGGCUGGGCUGUGCUGAGGGGAGGUGCUUGCGCUCGACCACGCUUCAUAAAGUAACCGGCUGCAGGGGAGAGCAGAGUGCUUCCCUCCUGACGGACAUUGCGCCCCCAGGGUGGGAGCAUAGCAUUCUCUUACUUUACUUUAAUUGCAAUAUAUUUUGUAUCUUCCUAGGGAGAGAAGGACGGAUUGUAGGUACUAUGCACGGAGGUGAAAGCGAGGUAAGGGAAAAAAAAUAUGAAACUAUAACCACAAUAAAUAAACAGAAACAUCUCCACAAUAACGAUUCAUUAAUAUGUGACUUUAUAAAGAAAAAUAACACUAAUUACAUACAGCUUAGGUACAACUGUCACUUUUCGUAAUCACACCGCAUGUAAUUUGAAAUACAACAUAUUGAAAUAUUUAAUAAAAAGAGGACACCGCUCCUGUUAUGUCAUAGGAAGAUAAUUAACUUUAUAAUAUCCAUUAGUAUACACGGCACAGUCUAUCCAUGUCCCUCAAGCGGAUUUUGCUGUUCACUGAGUGUUCUAGGGACAUUCAGUAAAAAAAAAAAACUGGUUGUAUAUUACUGCAUUGUUGUGCCUUUAAAAAAAAAUAUAUAAUUAUUUAAAAUACAAGGAUACCUACAAACUACUUACCGUUCGUCCUUAGACCUUAAACUGUGUCUGUCCUGCUCUAGUAAAAAGUCUUCUCAAUUUUUAGCAUGGUUUUUUUUUUUUCCUCUGUAACAACCUCCGAACUCCUGUUAGGGCAUACAUCUAAAGAAUCCUACUCCCAUUUAGGUAACUGUCACUUUAAAGUCUAUCACUAUUUACACCGCAUGGUAGAUUAAAAAAUGCCCGAAGUGAGUAGGAUAGAUGUAAUAUGUGAUAGGAAAUUUUAUGGCGUAAAUAUCUCUAGGUAAGUUUUUUUUUUUUUUUUUUUUUUUUUUAUUUAUUUAUUUAUUUAUUUUUUAUGUGUCAUUUUUAUUUUGCAGCUGGAGGCUUUGUGUUUCAUUGUUAACAUGACGUUUGUUUGUUUGUUUGUUUUUUAAGUUGACAGAACAUAGUUAUAUUUAGGCAUGAUUGAUAAAUGCAGGGCCAGUUUAGGGUUCUGGACUCUUAUUGUUAUUUUACCAACAGUCAGCAUACUAUGUAUAGGGUUGUGCACUCCUCAGUCUGUUUUACUCAGUCUCUAUUCAUUUCUGCUCCCUUUUAUUCUCUUUUUCUGUCUUACUUCUUGGCCUUUAGGCUCUUGUGGUGGGGGAGGGUCUUUCUUAUUUUAUUCUGCACAUCCCAUGUCUUCUUUUUAUUUCCUUGCUUUCAUUACGUGGAGGUGGGUCCCAGUCCUGCCAUAGCACAAAACCCUGAGACCCUCAGCAGCCGGAAUAAGGUAGGUAUUUCCCCCACAAUGCCUUCCGUUUCCUGUCCAGAGAUUGGAGUUGUAGUUGCUCCCAUUGUAACGAUUAGGUGUGCUUAAUCACUGCCUCUCCAGUUGUUGUUGGACAACAGUCUGUUCCCUUGUAGCACUGGCAGUUUUAAAUCUCCUAUCUGAGCACCACACAUGUAACCUCCUGGAAGUCCUUACUCCUGGGAAAAACAUUUGGUUAAGACAGGUGACCUGCUUUUUUAUGCAUUUCCUCUUUAGAAGAGCUGUCUGUCCUUGAAAUGGUUUAACAUUUGAUUAGACUUCACAUUUGCUUCUAGUCUCAUUAAAGUGUCUUACAAGGCCUUAAAAACAAACAAACCUGAAACUCUUGUUUUUAUCCAUAGGAUGAAUCAGAUGACAGUGAGAUGGAUGUAGAGGAUGAAGAUGAUGAUGAUGAUGACGAUGAUGAUGAUUAUCGUGAGAACAUCAUGAGGCCAAAGGAUCACAGCACAGAGAUGUCUCUUGGAAGGUCCAACAGACGAUCGAGGAAAGCCGACACACUUGUGGAUAGCGACAAUGACUUCUAGGGAAGGCCCAUCACACCCACAUGCAUUUCACGCGCGCCUGUUUUUUGUAUUGAAUGUUCCAACAAAAAGUGCAGCUGGUAACUAAAGAAUGCUCAGAAAAUUGGAGACCAAGGCUGAUAUUUAUCAACGUGUUGGUAAAAGAAAUGUGAUUCAAGUUCUAACACUGGUGCAGUCACCAUGGAUACCAAGCGAAUCUGCAGAAACAUUCAGUUGGUUUCUAUUAUAUUUUCUCCACUGUCAGACUCUCUUGCCAACAUGGAAACACAUUUUUAUAAAGAUCUCCCCAAGAGACUGACGAGCAACGCUGUAUUCGUGGUCUUUUGUUCUAUUUUGAAUGAUUAUCCACGGGAAUGCCCCUAGCUUGUCUUUAUCAUUAAAAUUUAACUUAUUUCUUUAAUUAGAAAAUCCAUUUAUAUUUCAGUGUAAUGUAUCCUACGCUUCUUUGUUUAAUCCCAUUGUAUCCACUCCAUGUGUUUGAUUUAUAAUAAAAUAUCAACUGCAAUGAUUAAAUUAGUGGAUACAAAAAACAAAAAAAAUAAUCUUUGUGACAAAAGAAAAUUAUAAACCUAGAAAGGGGUUAAAAUAGUGGGGCCUUGAUGGGGGCGGCACCCAAGAUGGCUGGACCUCAUAGUAGCUCUUGCGGACUCAAAUUUAUCUUGUAAGCAAUGUGUCUUCACCCUGCCACAGGACGAUCAGCAACUACUGCAGACUACUCUUGCUGCCAGUAGUCCCUUAUUUUGAGGGAUUUGAAGUGCCCGAGCACAGCGGAUUCUCAGCGCAACUGACCCUGAGAGUGACGGCCUGGUGCUGGGAGAGGCGGCCAGUCUCCCGUCAAUGGGCUCGCGGCUAAUCACGAACCGUACAAACCAACCUUCCCCCAUUUGGACCGGCGGGAGAUAUCCCGGUACCCACUUAGUGUCAGCCUGCAAUCAGCCCGAACUGAAUCGAGUGGGCCUUUGAACAACUCUGGUCACAGCUCUUGGCCAAGUUUACCGAACAAACGCAGAGACAAGCAGUUAUAGAUGUCUCCCGACAGCCCACUGCAGUGCCUGCACAAAGGCCGGUACAGAAGCCUGCACUGAGACCGACACAGAAGCCUGCACCGAAGCGCAAUGCCGAGAAGCAGCAUAAGAAGAAGCGAAGAGGGAGAAUGCAGAAGGCACCCCGACUCAGGAGAUGCAACCCGCAGACGCUUACCUGGAACCUAGUCCAUACGAGGAUGUUGUCCCAAGCGCAGUUCACACCCUCGGGUAGUAUGUACCAAGCCGCCCACGAGCAGAUCCCGAGUCUCUGUCCGGACCAUCAACCGUUGUCUGAUGUGGGAGAACCCAGGACAGGACUGUACUUGGGACUGGAGCUGGUGGGAUAGCAAUGUGGGAAAACAGCCUUCUAACACACCAUCACACGAAGUCUGCAAUGGUUAGUGGGCAUAGGCUGACCACCCUUCUUCAGGGCAGGAACGGGCUACUACUUCCUUUAGGCCUCAGGUCUCAAGCUGGGCAGUGUAGUGUACUCUGAACCAUCAUCUACCCACCUUACACUUUUAAUUGUUGACCACAAGUCUGUUUAGCACACAUUUGUUUUUCCUCAUAGAUGGCACCAGUGGUAACCUAACUUACGAUAGCUUAGCAUGAAUUAUAGCCACUUUUCUUUUCUUUAUUAAUAUUAAAAAACUGCUGUAUCUUGUGUGCCACACUAAGGAUUUAUACUGUCGUUAUUCUGCUUACUGAUGCUAUUGUGUCAAGGCAAGCUUGUUAUAUAUGCACAACAAAAAUAAACUAAAAAAAAAAAAUAGUGUGGCUUUUCGAAGAUACAUUUCAUUUGAUACUAUGCACAGAAUCAUUUUUGUAUAGCUAUUUCUUGCUUUGACAUCUGAUUGUAAGUUUUGAGUUAUUAUUUUGAGUCAUAUUUACAAAAAUAAUAGUAAUUCUAAAGGAAGUAGCAUGUGUUUAGUCACUCACUGCAGCCUACAGCGAGUCACUUACUUUACUAUGGAGUCGAUAGUAUUACCCCUAUGGUUUUUUUUAUCGCAUUGUUUGAGCUUUGCUGACUACAAUUUGUAUCAGACGGUUUACUUUUGUCUGAUAAUAUGGCAUUUCUUACCCAGUAUGCAAACUGGAGCUUGUACCUCAAAGGGCUACUCCAUCAAAAUAACUGUUUUAAUAAAACACUGUUUUUGGUUAGAGUAACCUUUCAUAUCCUGCUCUGUCCCCCGUUCCCUUGCUGGAGGGGUUAGGAAAGUCAUGGAGGACUAGUGUGGCAGAGAAGGGAGGGUCGGUCUACCAUUGACUGCUUGUCGCCAGCUUGCGCAGAACUGAUCUUAACCAGCCUUGAUGCAGGCUGAAUGCCAUCCUAGAAAUGCUGCUGAAAGUAGAAUUACACAUCCGACCGCAUGCAGUCUCCAGGCACCAUGACCACGUCUAAUAACUGAAGUGGUUAUGGUACCUGGAGUAACCCUUUAAUAUCCUCUUUGUAGUGUCUCAAACUAUCUUUAGCAGAGGGUGUGGAUUUCAGAUGUUAAUUUGCUGAUGAUAAUGUCACCAAGGUUCUAAAGACCAAUUGUAUCUAAACAAUAAAUGCUACAUUUACCUAGGAAAUAAAAUAUUGACUUACGCUG